UCCGUCUCUUCUCAGUCUCUCAUCCCUUCUUUGUUCUUUCACCUCCUCUCUGUCUCGCUUGCGUUCUUUCUUCUCUCGCUUUAUCUCUGUCUCUUCCGAGUUUUCUCUGUCUUUCCGCCCUCGGACGGCGGCUUCCCCGGAGAAGCUCUUUUCGGCCCCCUCUGGAUUGUGGAGAAUGGAGACGUCGCUGUCGGCUGCCUCUGCGUCUCCAGGCAGCCACUUCGAGCAGACGCUCCAAGGCGACUUGGCUGCAAUUCAGCGCGAGUACGCUCGCCUGUGUCGCAUCGAGGAGUUGCCAGAAGGCCCCCCCGCGGGCGUCAAGCCCAGAGUCGAAGCGCAAGUUGGAUCUGUCGUUGAGAGUGCCGGCAGCGUCGCCUUCUCCCUUCAGUUCCUCCAGGAAAACGGCACCAUCUACGUCCAAGUCGACUCGAGAGGGUACACUAUCCUGAAUCCCGAAGAUCUCGUGGCUGCUGCGGUUCCCCCAAACGAACCCAAGUUGGACUUGACGGCCAUCUCUUCGCCGUUUGAAAGUUUCGAGCAACUGCUCGCGGGCAUUCGACCCCACACAUUUGAACGUUUUCAGAUGAAUCUCAUCAACGACAAGCUUCGAGCAGAAAUGGACAAGCCGAUCGCGUAA